UAUUCUUUAUCUUAUUCCAUAUUUCCCAUUCCCAGCGAGUUUUAGCCCAUGAAUAGAUAUCUUUUUCACGGAUUUCGACGCAACCAACGGUCACAGCAGCGGUUGGUUUCCCGCUACGUAAAAACUCCUAACCCGAAUCCAAUCCCCUUUUUUUUAAUAGCCAGAAUAAUAAUUUUAUUAUUCCGCCUGGAGAAUAAGUCGUUUUAUUCUUCAGGAUUAAUUUAUCCAUUUCGACUGUUCCAUCCACUUCUCAAUAAGCUCAGUUUAAUUAAUUUUUCUACAUAAUUCCAAAUUGCUUAUUUAUCCUAAAUUACCAAAAAUGAGAAUAAGAACAAGAAGAAGAGAAUAGUAGUACCUGAAUUCUAUUGAAUUCUCGAUCUUCAAUGGCGGCGGAGGAGGCGGCGGCGGCAGCACUGUGCCCGUGCGCUUGCCCCUUCUGCUGCUACCGCGGCCCACCGGCGUGGCGGCGAGCGGUGAAGCGGAAGCUCGAUGCGGAGGUGGAGAGCGAGGAUGCGGCGGCGGCGGAGGAGCUGCGGGAGAAGGUGCGGAUGCAGGAGGAGACAAUUCAGGAGCUGUGGGCGGAGCUGGAGCAGGAGCAGAGCGCGGCGUCGACGGCGGCGAGCGAGACGAUGUCGAUGAUCCUGCGGCUGCAGCAGGAGAAGGCGGAGCUGGCGAUGGAGGCGCGGCAGUCGAAGCGAUUCGCCGAGGAGCAGAUCCAGCACCUCCACGCCCAGAUCCUCUCCCUCGAAGAUCUCCUCGCCCGGCCCGAGGACGACGACGACGACGACGACGAUUGCGGUGGAUGCGACGCGCAGGAUCCGAUCUCGGAAUCGAGAAUUGCGAGAUUAGAGUCCGACACGGUCGGAGACGAUGAUGAUGCGACGGCGAGGGCUUUGGAGGAGGCGAUGGAGAGGACGCAGCGGCUGGAGCGGGAGAAGGAGGCGGCGGAGGCGGAGGCGCGCCGCUUCAGGAGCUUCGCGAGGGAUCUCGAGGAGGAGCUCGCGCGGCGGGAGCUCGCCAUUGAAACCUACCGCGACCUCCUCCGACGCCACCGCAUCCCCCUCGAUGACGACGACGACGAUGAUGGCCCCGUCGCCAUUGUCGACCAUGGCGAAUCCGAUCGCGAGGAGGAGGAUGACGACGACGACGACGAUCUCCGUGGGUCGGGGGAGCUCCGCGAGCCCUACCCCCUCGUCGAGUCCCCCCGAUCGCCGCAGCGCUCGGAGAAGGGCGCGGCGGAGCCGAUCGAUGCGGAGGAGCUCCCCUCGUGCACCGCGGAGAUCCCGACCCCCUCGGACGGCGACGGCAAAUGGGACGACGACGACGACGGCGAUAGGGUGUACACCAUCGACGCGGUGUACGGGGCGCCGAGCGUUAGGGUUUCGGGGGACGGAGGGAGCGGCGCGGGGGAGAGGGUGGAGGUGAAGAAGCUGAGCGCGAGAGUGGAGGCGUUGGAGGCGGAAGGGGAGGCGAUGAGGCGGGCGAUGGUGGGGAUGGGGGCGGAGAUGGCGCGGCUCGCGCUGGUGCGGGAGAUCGCGCAGCGCCUCUGCAAGGAGUUCGCCAUGGAGAGGACGAGCAUGGUCGCCAAGCGGAGGAGAUCGCCCGUUGACACCUUCUCCAUUAUCGCCAUUUUUAAGUGGAUAUGCUCGCUGUUCUGUUGGAGAAGGAAAGCUUCUCGAAGCAGAUAUACACUGGGCUUAUCAAAUUACAAUGUUGGGUUACUGCUACUUUUGGACAAGUCCCCUAGAAUGAGCCAGUGGAGAUUGCUCUCGAGACCACAAGGGUGACCGACACGCGACUGCGAAGCUGAUUUCCUCCUAUUCUUGAUUCUGUUACAGAAGAUGCAGGGCAGUUGUUGUGUUUGUGGAUUUUGGGGUGAGAUCAUCUUUGAUUUGUAAUUUUUCUCCUCUUCUCUUCUCUGUGUUUUUAGUCAGGAUUGGAGAGCUGUUUCUCAUGGUGAUGUGCAGGAGUGAGUUGUAUAGACAGACUUGUAUAGAUGCCAAGACAACACUGAUUUGUUGAUUCUGAGCUUGAUAUAAUUUGAUUUGAGUUUUGUGUAUAAAAAGGCCGUGUUGAUUGAUUUGA